AUGUCGUCGCGUCGUCGCGGCGCCGGCGAGCGCGCGGCGGCGGGAGACGACCUCGACGCGCUCGUGGAAGAGCUCCGCGCGAUGGAGCGCGAACACGCGCGUCAAGAGUCCGCGCUGUUGUCGUCCCAUCGCGCGUCGAACCGAACGCGACGCGCGCGAGGAGGCGGAGCGGACGGCCCGCCGGGAACGACGAGAAGGGACGACGCCGCCCCCCCCCGCCCGGCGAGCGACGACCGAGGCGCGCGACGGCGAAGGAGCGACGCGCGCGCGGACGACGACUGCGACCGCGACGCGCGAUACGCCGCGACGGCGGCGCCGCCGCCACCGGCGUCGCGCCGCGCGACCCAGACGGGACGACGCGAUCGCGAGGUUGAUCCUACUGUUGAUCCUCCUCCUCCACGCCAGCGACGACAACAACGUCGCGCUCGUCGUCGUCGCCAUCGCGGCGACGAGCCCGAGCGCGAGUCGCUGCCGACGUCCUCGUCCGAGGCGCCGUCGCUCGCGUCCGACGCGUCCGACGCGUCGUCGUCGUCGUCGCCGUCGUCGUUCGAAGACGCCGGCUCGAGCGACGACUCCGAAGAGGUCGCGUCCCGACGCCGCGCCGCGCCGCGCGCGGGGCCCAGAGGACGAGGACGACGCGCGGUCGGAGACGGAGGAGGGCGGCGCGCGCGAGACCGGGACCGCCGAGAAGACCACCGAGAAGACGACGCGGCGACCGGGACGAUCCUCGCGACCGUCGCGGAGACGAUCGAACGACGCGUGCGACGGACGGAACGCGACGUCGCGGCGAGACAGGAGCGGCUCGCGGACGCCGUGAACGACCUCGCGCGGAUGAUGGAACGGGCGGUUCGCGACGGCGUCGAUCGCGAUGACGACGACGACGACGAUUCUCGCCGCGACGCGUCGCGGGCCGGCGCGCGGAGCCGCCGCCGCGACCCGGCGGCGGACGCGGCCGCGGAGGGAGACGGGAUCGCCUCCGCGUCGCGACGGCGCGGCAGGCCGCCGCCGCGACCCGCGCGCGGCGGCGGCGGCGACCGCGCGCGCGACCGCGACCGCGCGGCGCGACGCGACGGCGAAGGCGGCGGUGACGGCGGAGGCGCGAGAGGACGGCGAUCCUCGAGGACGCCCGCGCCGUCGACCUCGCCGCGUCCGGACUCCGCGAUCGACUGGGAGAGCGGCGACGGCGAGUCGUGGGACCCGUCGCGGGACCCGUCACGGUCGCGGUCGAGGGUCCGCGCGCCGCCGCGGCGAGGCGCCGCCGCGCCGAGGAUACCGCCGCAGUACACGAUGCGGAUACCGCCGCCGCCGGGGUUGCUCCCUCGCGACAGAGUGGACUGGGAGAUGUUCUCGGACUUCCUUCCGAGGACGGCGGAGCGCAUCAGCGAGCUCGGACGACGACGCGAACGCGAGGGUAUCGCGGAGGGCCGGCGGAGGGACGGCGGCGUCGUAUUACGGCGGACGGAGAGCGUCGAGUCCAGGCGGCGGCGACGGACGGCCGCGCGCGCGCCGAGGGACAGCGCGGACGAGCGGUGGGACGACUCCGACGAGGAGGACUCCGAGUCCGAGUCGGGCGACGAGGUUGACAUCGACGCGGCGGCGCGCGCGCGACGCGGCGGCGGCGGCGGCGGCGGCGACGGUCGCGUCGUCCUCGACGAAGCGCGCAUCGCGACCGUCGUGAGCGACGCGGUCAACGAAGCGAGCGAGCGCUUCAUCCGCGGUCUCGCGGACGCGGAGAACGAGAGAGCGCGCGCGCGAGCGGCCGCCGCGCCGGCGCCGGCGCCGGCGCGCGAGCGCGAGCGCGAGCGCGAGCGCUCCCCUCGCGGCGACGCGCGCGAAGAGCUCGACGCUUUGCUUCGACGACGACCGGGAACGGCGCGGCCGCUCGCCGGCGCGUUGCGGGCGAUGCGUGAAGACUUCUCCGAGGAGGAGCUUCGCGCGGUCUGCGCGAUGUUUCUCGCGCGAGCGACCGCGAACCGUGCGGCGAGAGCGGGCGGCGGCGGCCAGGGCGCCGCGACGGGAGGCGGCGCCGCGGCGGCGGCGGCGGCGGCGGAGACGGAGACGGAGACGCCGUACUCGACGCCGACGGCCGCGCCGCCGCCGCCUCCGCCGCUGCCGCUGCCGCCGCCCGCGGCGACGCCCCCUGCACCCCGCGCGGCGGCGCGCGAGGUCGUCACGAGCGACGACGACGCGUCCGAGUCCGCGUCGGACGAGUUCGACUACCCCGAUAUUUUCGAGUCCGCGCGGAAGCACUACGAAGCGACCGUCGACGGCGGCGCGGCGGCGGCGGAGAGGGCGGCGGAGAGGGCGGCGGCGACGGCGACGAUGGACCACGGGCUCAUCGGCGAGCCGUGGGACGACGGCAACGGCGCGAUCGACGUCACCGGCGUACCCCGGGGCGAAGGCGACGAAGGCGACGACGACGACGACGACGACGACGAUGAGCACGACGACGACCGAGAGAUCGCGUUGACGUCGGACGACGACGACGACGACGGCUCGAUCGAACGCUUCGCGGACGCGGACGACUUCCUCGACGUCGCGAACGCCCCCCCCGCGCCGCCUCCUCCGCGCCCGCCGCCGGCGACGGGCCAAGCGGGCGCGGACGGCGACGCGAGGGUGUACGCGCGCGCGGGGGGCAAGUACGCGGUGACCGAGGGGUCGGACGAGGCCGUCGCGCUCGCGGCGUUGCUGUCCACCGGCGUCGGCGACCCGCCGCGGCUUCGGGACGUCAGGGCGAACGACGGUGACGACGUGGAGGGCUUCGCCGCGGGGCUGCGCGGGAUGAUGGUCGGGUUGGACGACCUUCCGACGAGGGCGAGGACGAGACCACCGCCGGCGAAGACGGACGGGGACGACGCCGCGCGCGCGGAGCCGGCGAGGGUCGAGCCGCCGGCGUCUCCGCCGCCACCUCUGGAGCGGCGGCGGAGCGACGUCGCCGCCGCCGCCGCCGCCGUCGCCGCGCGCGUGUCCGAGGUGAAGAGGAUGUCGCCGACGAAGGGCACGCGCGAGCGCAGCGUCAUCGCCGCCGCCGCCGCCGCCGCCGCCGCGGAAGAAGUGGCCUCGAACGGCGGCGGCGGCGGGUUCGACAUCCUCGGACGCGAUUCCGACGCGGCGGGGACGGACUCGCCGUCCGCGCGCGAAGCCGAGGCGCUUGCGCGCGCGCGCGCCGCUGAGGAAGAGAACGCGGAAGACCCGUGGGACGCGCUCGCGACGACGACGGCGUCGGCGACGACGACGGCGGCGAGCGACGGCGGCUCGACCGCGGCGACGCGAUUGAACCCCGCGGCGGCGCCGUUCCCUCCCCCGCCGCGACGACGACCCGCCGCCGACGCCCCCGUGGCGUCGGCGAGGUCGGGCGUGGACGAGCGCGUGGCGUUCGCGCCGCCGGCCGCGGACCUCCUCCCCGGCAUGAACCCGCGGGGGUUAGACGCCGUCCGAGCGCGGUUCGAUCGCGAGCAGAGCGCGACGAACGAGACGCUCUUGUCCGCGGCGGCGGCGGCGAGCGCGGACGCGGACGCGGACGACGCCGCGUUUGGGCCGUCGAACGACGUCGUGUUCUCGUCCACGGCGGAGGCGGCGGCGGCGCUCUCCCGACGCGGGUUCUCCGUCGGCAUGAACGCUUCGCUGAUGGACGCGCUCGAGAAGGUCGUGUCCUCGCGCGAUGCGUCGGGGUAUUGA